ACUUCUUGGAUAGUUGGCCAGAGAGGAUUAACGCGUCCCGCACGUGCUACAAUUGACAGAUCCAGUCUUCCAGGAUCCCCGUCUCCUUCUUCUCUGCGAGAAACCCGUUUCGGACCUCCAAAUCUCCAGAUUCCCCUCAGCGCUACCGCGUGGAUUAGAUUCUCCGCUUCGGUUCGCUCUUUCUCGUAAUCUUCUUGUACGUUGUUUCCACAAUAUUUGCUACUGUCAUUCAAACUUUCCUUCUUAACUGGUUGUUUAAAAAUGCAUUGAGUUGAAAAAUUUGACCAUAGAGGAAUGAAAGAACAAAAUUGGAGAUGGGUUUUAGGUUUGGUAUACAUAUUUUUAGUUGCAUCCAUAUGGAUUGCCGCUAGUUUUGUUGUUCAGUCAGUUGUAGAUGCGGGCGUUUCCCCAUUUCUCAUAACAUACAUUUGUAAUUCAUUAUUCGUGGUAUAUAUUCCCCUAGUUGAAAUUGGACGGUAUUUAGAGGAUAAGUAUGGGAGUGUUUUGUUUUGGCGAAAGAGAGAGAGUUGUAGUUUGCAAGAAUUGAGAGAAUCUGAGGAGGUUAUUCUUCUAGGGGAUGAUAACUCGGGUUUCCAUUUCCAAGCUGAUGCUUCAAGUCCAAGUGGUGGUGGUGUUGCAGAAGGGAAGGAAACAAAUAUAGUUGGUUCAAGGAAAGAUGUGAUUAAUGAAUGUGCUGCUGAUAUUGGCCUUGAUUCGAAAGGGCGUUGGACGAGGAUUAGAGUUGCAAAAGUUAGCCUUUUGAUUUGCCCGUUCUGGUUCUUGGCACAGCUCACUUUUAACCUCUCACUCAAGUACACAACAGUUACAUCCAACACCAUCUUGAGUACUGCAUCCAGCUUGUUCACCUUUCUGGUUUCUGUUGUGUUCUUGGGAGAAAAGUUUACAUGGGUGAAGCUGCUUAGUGUUCUGCUUUGUAUGGGUGGAACAAUCAUUGUCAGCUUGGGUGACUCAAAAUCUGGAAUAUCUGCGGUUGCUUCAAACCCUAUUGUUGGAGACAUUCUUGCUCUUCUUUCGUCAGCCUUGUAUGCUGUGUAUAUAACUCUUAUUCGUAAAAAGCUGCCUGAUGAUGAUGAUGAGAAAAGUGGUCAAGUCAGUAUGGCACAGUUUCUCGGUUUUUUAGGUUUUUUCAACCUCCUGAUAUUCUUUCCAGUGAUCCUUGUACUUAACUUUGCCAAGCUGGAGUUAUUCACCGCACUUACCUGGAAGCAGCUUGGUCUCAUUACUGGUAAAGGGCUGCUGGACAACGUGUUGAGUGAUUACCUGUGGGCGAAAGCGAUCCUUUUGACAACUACUACGGUGGCAACAGCAGGCCUCACAAUUCAGGUUCCGUUGGCUGCCAUUGUGGACACGCUUACUGGGAAUUCACCUGCUCUGCCAGAUUGCAUUGGAGCUGCUGCUGUAAUGCUUGGUUUUGCAGGCAUUAAUAUGCCUUCAAAUGCAUGUUCUAAAUCUGAAGAAGUAGUAGGCAUCGAACUAGAAGAUGGAAAUUCACAGCCCACCCAUCAAGACCAUGGCACAUCUAACCAAGUUAUGAAUUGAUUGGGGGGGAUAUCAGAUAUGCUAUGCUAAACCAAUUUUUGUUUUAAUUGAGGUCAAGUAAAAGUAAUAGUCUCUCAGAAAAGAAAAUGGAACACGGAAUAGUUUACACUACUUUUUGUUAUUAUUCUUUAUUAUUUUUUUUGAAAGGAGCCGGUAAAGGCAUAUAUUAGA